AUGAUUUCUAAGAACCUCUUCGCCAUUGCCUCCUUCGCCCUGGUUGCCCUGGCCGCCUCGGUCCCGGGCCUGGCCCUGGCCAAGGAGAACGGCGGCGACGGCAUGGCCCACCACGGCCACCACCACCACGAUGGCCACCACCACGAUGGCCACCACCACGAUGGCCACCACCACGCCACCUACAUCAAGGCCAGCGGCCACCAGGAGAAGUCCAAGACCAAGAGCAAGACCAAGCAGAAGGACUUCAGCCUCGGCAUCAAGCACGUGCACCACCACCACCACGAGGAGAAGCCCACCACCAAGCCCACCCCGAAGCCCACCCCGAAGCCCACCCCCAAGCCCACCCCCAAGCCCACCCCCAAGCCCACCCCCAAGCCCACCCCGAAGCCCACCCCCAAGCCGGUGUGCACCUGCCCGGAUGGCUCGGCGGCCGUGUGCUUCGCCAAUGUCAAGCAGUGCGAGAACAACACCAACCCCCUGUCGGUGGCCAAGCCCGAGUCCUGCCUGUCCAACGGCAAGAACAUCUACAUGUGCGCCAGCGAGCAGGGCAAGUGCCGGUCGCUGCCCACCUGCGAGCUGGUCAACUCCGGUGUGGCCGAGCAGGACCCCCACCUGAAGGGCUUCAACGGGGCGGACUUCUAUGUCGAGGGCCACGCCGGGCGCUCGUACAACAUCAUCUCCGACGGCUCGCUCCAGGUGAAUGCCCAGUUCACGCGGCUGAACAACCUCAACGGCACCUACAUGGGCCGCGUGGGGAUCCUCCUCGGCACCGAUGCCAUCGGCUUCGACCCCUCCUUCGGGGCCUUCCUCAACGGCAACCCCAUGACCGACGGCCAGUCGGUCACCCUGCCCGAGGGUGAUGUGGUCUUCGACAUUGUGGACGCCCGGCCGCGCAUGGUUGUCCGGACCCGGUCCUGGCAGAUGAUCGCCCGGGCGGUGCUCGAGCGCGGCAUGGUCGACGAGGCGUACGUCAACCUGCACGCCAGCGUGGUCGGCACCCCGUCCGACCCGCACGGCCUGCUCGGCCAGACCGCCCGGUUCCUGAUCGACGCCUCGGCCCCGGGCCCGAAGGACGUCGCCGGCAAGGACUUCCAGAUCGAGGGCCACGAGGAUGACUACGAGGUGACCGACGGCCUGUUCGGUGUCAAGUUCCGCUACAACAAGUACUCGCCCAACGGCGCGGCCAAGGGUGCCGCCAAUGCCGGCGCCCGCCGCCGCAUCGGCUCCAACGCCACCCCCCCGCGCAAUGUCCCGCGCACCGUCCCCCAGUUCGAGGCCACCGUCGACAUGUAA